ACCAUUUCACGCAAUGGGGAGCCAUCCUCCAAGCUUCUAAGUUACGAUGACUACCAAACUUGCCAAUAACUCCACCCUUCCUCGAAAACACAAAACUGAUACCCACAAUUCUCUAGCAAUUCCGCAAUGGAGCAAAAGAUGAUCGAUGGGUUCCACAUUGUUCCUGGGCAUGUAACACCAAUCUAUCACUAUUAUGUGCCUCUUUCUUAGAUUAUACAAGGGAAAGAAAAACAGCAGGGGGGCUUAGCGCAUGAUAGAACACUCUGACCUUGAAUGUCUGUCGAGGGGAGCUGAAAGAUAUAUGCCCAUCUCCUCUGUUCAACAUGAUAGAGUACAAGAGGUUGAAGAAAGAGGGUGACCAUCUCUAACUCCAAAUCAUGUACGGGUCUGGUAAAGGUGAUAUUCCAUUGACAGAUGUUCGCCACCACCAUAUGGCCUGCCACAGAGGCCUUCUUAAAGCUGUCAAUCCUAUAUAACACCAGGAAAGCUUCUUUCAGGGUUAAGUUGGUGUCACCGAGUCUCAUGCCGAAGCUUGGAAAAGCAGGUAGCUUGCAGAGUAGGCAGGCCAUUGUGCAUAGUCUUGUGCACACUGAGAGCUGGGCUAUUGACUUGUCUUGGGAUAUAAUAGCUCGCUUUGGUAAGCAAGCUGCAAUGCCAAGAGAUUUCUUCACCGAUUUUGUUAAGGUGGCUCAGGAUGAGGGCCGACACUUCACUCUCCUUGCAGAACGGCUAGAGGAGCUGGGUUCUUUUUAUGGAGCAUUACCAGCUCACGACGGCCUGUGGGACUCUGCUACUGGUACUUCCAAUGAUCUCUUAGCACGUCUGGCAGUUGAGCAUUGUGUCCAUGAGGCAAGAGGACUUGAUGUGCUUCCCACAACCAUUUCUCGGUUUCGCAAUGGAGGUGAUAAUGAGACAGCAAAUUUACUAGAGAGAGUGGUUUACCCAGAAGAGAUUACCCAUUGUGCUGCUGGUGUUAAAUGGUUUAAGUAUCUUUGCCUGAGGGCUGAAAAUCCCACUUGGGAUCAGGGCAGCAUGGCAUCUCCAGGUGGGUCAGGAGAAAGUGACAAAACGCUAGAGGAAAAUGAAGCAAUUCAGAAGUUUCACUCGAUAGUGAGGACAUACUUCAGGGGACCAUUGAAACCACCUUUCAAUGAGGAAGCAAGAAAAGCUGCUGGGUUUGGCCCUCAGUGGUAUGAACCACUUGCUGUCAAAGAAGUUAGCUCUAGAAUGGAAACAGUAUUGUAAUUAGCAAAAAUAUUCUGAUAAAGCUUGUUUAGGACACUGGAAGCACAUCUUAUAUUUCUCCUGAAUUCUUAAGAGGCAAAUGUGUUUUUCCUUCUUUCUUUUUCCCCUUUAUUUUAGAUGAGGCUGCCCACAAUGGGGUCAUAGAUUUAAUCCUAAGAAGCUGUUUCUGAAUGCAUAGAAUAAUGCCUUUGAAUCUGGGUUGUUUUGAUACAAUGUACGGUUUUAGGAAACGUUCUGUU